AUGGCGGACGACGGCAUGAUUCUCAACUUUGACCUGGGGGACUCUCCCGUCAAACCCCGGGUCGUCAAAGUCAAGGGUGGCCGCUGGCGAGAUAGAGUUCAGGCUCAAAGAUCGCUAAAGAGCGGAGGGGGAGGUGAAGCGACGGGACCGGCCAAGGGACCGAAUGCGAUACGACAAGCGAGGAGGGAGACUGCGGAAACGAACGAGGCCGAGCAUGGUGAGGAAGGGGAGAGACCGAUUAAGAGGGUCAAGGUGGAUGGUGCGGCGGGGAACAGGCCUCCACACGGGAAGCCUUCGGGAGGUCGAGGCGGCGGAAUUGGCGCGGGUGCGCGGAAAGAGGUGACGUCGAGCCUGUUCUCGUUCAACCCGACGCCGGUGACCAAGUUCGACGAGAUAGACAAGGCCGAUGAGAAUCAGGCAGAGGCGGAGCCUUCCAACGCUCCGUUGGCGGAGGACUCGUUCAAGGCGCUGGGGCUCUCGGACCGGUUGGUGAGCGAGCUGGGCAAGCUAGGCCUCGAGAAGCCGACGGCGAUCCAGAAGAAGACGAUUCCGAUUAUGCUCGACACGGCAAACGACGCGUUCCUACAGGCGCAGACGGGUUCGGGUAAGACGCUGGCAUAUGUCUUACCCAUGCUUCACCGGGUGAUGGCGCUCAGCCAGACCUCCAAGAUCCACCGCGAUUCCGGCAUCUUUGGCAUCGUGCUCACGCCGACGAGAGAGUUGGCCAAGCAGACGUAUACGGUCAUGUGCCAGCUUCUCAAGUCGACGCCGUGGCUGGUGGCUUCGCCCGUUAUCGGCGGGGAGUCGAAGAAAUCGGAGAAGGCGAGGAUACGCAAGGGGGUCAACUUUCUCAUCGCCACGCCCGGUCGGCUUGGCGACCACUUGCAAAACACCAAGGUGUUGAAGCUGAGCACGGCCGAGGUGGCGGCCCAGACGUACGACGGCGUGUCCCUGGAGCAGCUGCCCGACCGGCGCAUCACGGUGCUCUGCUCGGCAACGAUGAAGAUGAGCGUGCAGAAGCUCGGGGACAUGAGCUUGAAGGACGCGGUCCACGUCGAGGCGUCCCGGGAGGAGUCGAGCAAGGAUGAUGUUCAAGAGACCAACUUUGCUGCGCCGGCGCAGCUGAAGCAGUCGUACCUGGUGGCGCCGGCGAAGCUGAGACUCGUCACCCUCGUGUCGUUCCUCAAGUUUACGUUUGCGCGAAAGGGGUCGGUCAUGAAGGCUAUCGUGUUCAUCUCUUGUGCCGAUUCGGUCGACUUCCACUACGAGCUGCUCCGGGCGCCUGAGGCGGACGCCAACGCCAACGCCAACGCCAACGCCAAUGGCAGUGCCAACGCCAGCUCGGAUGCAGGGAAGAACAAGGCGCGCGACGCAGCCAACCUAACGGCGAACACGGUGGCUGACGCGGCGUACAUUACAUCGGCGGCGAACAAGAGGGUGGUCCUGCACAAGCUGCACGAUAUCCCGUCGGUGGAGCUCGUCAUAGAGCUCGACCCAGCCUUUAGCGUGGCGGACCACAUUCACAGGAUCGGGCGAACGGCGCGUGCUGGACGAUCCGGCAAGGCCGUCCUCUUCCUUCUUCCCGGCAGCGAGGAGGGCUACGUGUCUCUGCUGACGACGGGGGCCUCAACGGCACCCACGGCGCAGCUGUACGACGCGGUGCUGCAGCAGGGCCUUUCCAUUCCGAUGGAGCUCCCGUUCGAAACACACGCCAAGAUCGCGGACGAGCAGUCGUACACGGCCAAGGCGGAGGCGCUGCAACUGCACUUUGAGCAGCGGCUCUUGGACGACCGCAAGCGGCUUGAGCUCGGACGCAACGGGUUCAAGUCGCACAUUCGGGCGUACGCGACGCACGUCAAGGAGGAGCGCUGCUACUUUGACAUGGGCCAGCUGCACCUCGGACACAUGGCCAAGAGCUUUUGCCUGCGCGAGGCGCCGGGCGGCAUCGGCAACGGCAUUGAUCGCAAGGCGGGCAAGGGCUCGGCUAGGAGGGGUCGGGACGACAACGACGGGCGGCGUGCGGGAGCGGGGGUCAAGCGGGGUCGGGAGGGCGACGACGACCCGCAGCACGAGGUGGAUAUCAACGCGGGCAAGGACUUGUUUUGGCGGAUGGGCAAGAUGGCGACCAGGGCGGGAGCGAGCGAGUUCAACUUGGGUUGA